GUUAAUAAAACCGACUGCAAAGAAAAGUGAGCGGGAGUCAUUUUGUGUUCGAGAGGCUUAAUUAACAUGAAUGUUACGUGGUGUUAGCAUUAUAGUCUGCGGAGGAGAGAACAAACUAGUCUCCUGUUUGUUCCGUCGACCUGCCCGAGUCAUGUAAGUUGGUAGGUGAAACAACAACAAUGGCGAGCACGGAUAUUGUUUAUGAGCAGGUUCACUUCAGACAUGACCCAAAGUGGAGCGUCCGCCUGCGGGCUGCUGAGGGCGGCGGGCUGCUGCUCUGUGUGGCCUGUGCUAUUGAAAUGAUGGAGACGGAAGAAAUGGCCUCGGUGAGGAAAUGUUUUGCCUUGUCGAGUAUAAGUGGCAUCCUGAAGAGCUCUGCAGGGGCCUUGAGAGAGCUGUUUCGACAGGACCACAGAGUCACUCUGCAUUUUAUUACCACAUUAUUAGGUAUGCUUCAAACUGAGGAGAACCCAGUCACGGUGGAAAAGGUUGACCAAGUGCUGGUUCAGCUGCUCCUCGAGUUUCAGAAUGAGCUGCCAUUUCACUUUGUUCUGGAUGAGGUCCACAAACAGCUGAACGGCCAGGUCAGUGUGAAGCGUCUCCUGCCGACGUUCAACUUCCUGGGGAACCUUGUGAAGACGGUGCCCAACGUGGCUCACAGCUUUAUUACUCAGUACGUUCCCCUGCUGGAUCACCUGUGCUCAGCUUUGGGAUAUCCAAACGAAGCACUGAAGACUUCAGUAGUGCAUGUUUGGCUGCAGCUGAUGCAGACAUCUGGAGACGCCGGGAUGCAGUACCUGCCCGUUGCCACUAGGGACAGAUUAUGCACCCUGCUGCUGCAGACGUUUAGCAACGCUAGCUCAGCGCAGCUCAUUAAAAACUGUGCAGGCCUGCUCUGGCAGCUGGUCAAGUAUGAAGAAGCCGUGUCGGUUCUGAUGAGCAGCUCCGGCGGUCCGCUCAUGUGCGACGCGAAUGAGGACAUCCUCACCAACAACAGCCAGGCCCUCAUGCAAGACCAAGAGCAACAGCCUGCUGACCACAGCCUACUGCCUCUCCUGUUGAAAAAGUUGCUACUGAGCGGUGAUGAGAUGCUGCAAGUGACCAGUGCGAAGUGCAUCGCUGCCAUUUUGGUUCAUUCUCCCACUCAGUACUGCGCUCUCUGCAUCAAGGCUGAUUUACCCAGGUUUCUCUUUGACCGUCUGGCCAGCAGCAGCAGUGAGAUGCUGCUGUGGUCCAUCUACAGCUGUUUGGUCUUACUGACUGAGGAGCCGCUUUUCUUCUCCCAAUGCCACUCUGUAUAUGGGAUCGAGUCCCUGGUGCGCAGUCUUAAGGAGGCUUUGCAGCUGAGCAAUCUGGAAGCACCAAAACAAGGUUUUCUGCUCCUCACCGAAAUACUUCAAAGACAGCCUCCAGGCGUACAUCUGUUCCCCAGUGCUUCAGGGUUUGUGUCAGUGUCAGAGGCGGUAAAAGCCGGCAUCUCCUCCUCCUGCCUGCUGGUCGCCGCACAGGCUGUCAAAGCUGCAACCGCUUUGUUCAGACUCAACCAUCAGUCCAGACCAGUCCAGUACCAAGAGCUGGAGGAACUGGUGGAGGCCAUCACCAGCAGGUUCCCUGAGCUGAUUCUGACUUCCCCUUCUCAUCGACGCAGCAUGGGAAACAAACAAAGUUCGGAUUCCAGCAGCCAGACCUUUCGGUCCAAAGGAUUUCUGCUCCAAGCUCUGAUCUGUUUCCAGGCAGCCUGCAGGCUCGCAGAGGAGUGUGCGUCAGAGCCGGCUCUGACGAAGAACCCGUUCACAGCCCCGUAUAAACACAGCGGCGCUCAGGAUCCACUGGAGUCCGUCUGCCAGUGUCUGCUGCGCUGCUGCGACUCUGUGUGGAUACCAACCGUGCUGAGGACAUGCGAUGGUCCGCCGAGCGCCCAGAUUCUGGAGUCGCUCUACUCCAUCCUUUGCUCGCAGUUUGUCCUUCUUCCAUCUCUGAUGCCACAGUUUGCAAAAAAACUGGUGUCUUCUGGUUUCUAUCGGCUGGCAGUGGAGCACAAAGCCCUCCUCUGUGCAGGAAACAGGAACCCAAAUCUGAACGCAACUUGCUGUGGCUUUCUGCAGAAACUAAGCAUGUGUCUACUCUUCCAGUCAGACCCUCCCUGUGGCUCCAGUCAUGAUUUUGAGGAGGUGGAAACUCUUCUGCAGUGCAACCUUUCCUCUCUGUGCUGUCACCUGUCAGACUGGCCGUCUCUGCUGUGUGAAUAUCAAGAACCGAGGGCCGCCCAGUACUGCCUGGUGAUGAUGCUCUACCUGGCUCUGAAGCAAGGAGACAGGCUGCUCCCAGACCAGGCCGUGUUCUCCAGUGUGGUGGUGCUGCUGCAGUCGGUGCAGGAGCAAGGCGACUGCGUCCUUCCCCGCUCUGUUCUCCGCUCUGCCCUCUACUUGCUGGCAGUGACCCAAGACAGGAGCCCGAGUCUCGACGGGGCUCAUCUGAACUGCGUUAGCAAAGCGCUGUCGUCCUGCCAGAGCUUCGCCUCCCUCUACAGCCACCACCCUGCACUGCUCCACUUCAUCUGGCGCUAUCCAGAGCUAGCGCAGAAGUUUGGAGCCCUGGUCUUAGAGCUCUGGUUGGCCAAGAAAUCGCAGACAGGAGCAAGGCAGGACCUGGCAGGUGUGCAGGAGAGUAAUGUAAACACAGGAAGCCAAACACAUCAGCAGGAGCAGAAUGAGGAACCAGACUGGGAAACCUCAGAGCUGCUGGCUCUGAUGGAGAAAUACCCAAAUGUGAUGCUGACCCUUUUGGACAUGGUUGUUCGCGGAGAAGCUCCUGUUGCAGAACAUGUCCUGCAUGUGCUAAAGGUUGUUUUGCUUGGACAAAGAGAGUUUGCAACAGAUUUGUGCACAAGUCUUAGGCCAGCCCUGCUGCAGGCUUUGCAGUGGAUCAGCGUGGACAACGUGGCUAAUGGACCGGGACAACGUCACGCUGCAGCAGCGGCCAGCUCGCUCCCCGUGGUGCUGAAGCUGCUUUGUCUGACGCAGGCCAGUGACCCGCCUUCACCCUCCAUCUACAGUAACAUGGAGGGAGUGUGUUUCAAGCUGCUCUAUCACGUGAGUAGCAUAGCUGGGAUGCUGAAGCCUACUAACACAGAGAGCCUGCUGCCUGCCUUCAACUUCUUGCAGUGCUGCCUGAGUCUGUCCCCGGCACACAGCAGUGACCGAGCCGUCUCCAUGUUGCUCUCCAACGGUGGGCUGAUGGACCAGCUGGAGACAGUCGUCUCCUCCUCUUCUUCUUCAUCUUCCUCCCCCCCUCCGCCCUCCUGUCCUCCUUUGGCUCUGCUGUGCUGCAGCCAUCUUCUCCUCUCCUCCCUCAUUACCUUGCAGCGCGUUCACUCCACUCAGGUUCAUAAGAGUGUUAUUUGGAGUCUGGACACGGCUGUGCACCGACUGUUUUGCCAAAAACGAAACACAGACAAUCUCUUGCUGGUCAGCUACCUUCGGAUGCUGCAGGCUUUGCUUGAUGCUGACCUGGCGUCACCAGUGGUGUGUCUGAGUACCGGUUCUGGGCUAGUCGGGCCCCGGCCUCUGGAGCCUGAAGACGGAGCGCUGUACCCGCUUGGCUCGACGGGGGCCCAGUGCCUCCUAAUCACUCUCAGCGGUCUUCUUAUGCAGAAACACGAGUUGCUGCUGAGAACCUCGGUCAACUGUCUGAGCUCCCUGCUGGGCUUCCUUAAAAGAAAGAAUCCUGAUUUAGCCAAGCAGGCAGUGUGUCAGCCUUGGUCUCAGUUCCUCCUCUACUGCAAUUUCAGCCCAGGAGAGAAAUGCCUUCUGCACCCCGCUCUUCUCAGACUCAUCACACUUUUGUUGCAGUACGGCAGCACAGCGGUCCUGUGGGAGCCGGACCUGCUCCGAGUGAUUGAUACUGUGGAGAGGAGCGGGAUAAAGGAGCUCAACCACGAGGCGGCACGGGCGCUAAGGUUGCUUCUUGCACAGAUCCAGAGCAGCGUUCCACUUCCUACAGAGGACCACAAGCUGAGAGUGAGAAAACUGAUGGAGUCGCUCGGACCACAGAGAUCUGCUGAGAACUGCAGCGUGUCCAACGUUUUGUAUCCGUAGCCUGAAGUGAAUCGAACUCGUUCACACCAAACACAGUCAGAUAAUCUAGUAGGUGGUAAACGCUUCCUCACACACAACUUGCGGUACCUCAUUUAUCUAACAGACCCUGAUUGUUUCUGUAAAAUAUGAGUUACAUUACA